UACAGUAUGCGUCACCAUCCAUCCGGCGAUCACUUCUGACUUCACAAUCAUUCUAAUGAUUUCUCUAAUAUUCAAAGCCCUAAUAGACCCCUCUUCUUCUCUACUCCGCAUAGCCCAAUUUGCUCUGACUUCUCACUCAAAACCAUUCACUAGAGUCCGACCCAUGAGCUCCGAGUCAUCACAGCAAGUUUUCCAGCUCAAGGUCGACCCCCUCACGGGUAACUCAGAGUGGGUUGUAAUCAGAGAAGACGAAGAAGAAGCCUUCGGAAAUUCCCAUAAGAAUCUCUUGGCUACGACGUCAUAUUUGGACAUGCUCAAUGACUCCACGAGAAACAGAGCAUUCCGGGACGCUAUCGACAAGACUAUAACGAAACCUUGCCAUGUGCUGGACAUUGGUGCUGGAACUGGGUUGCUGUCAAUGAUGGCUGCACGGGCAAUGGGUUCUGGUGAGCCAACUUCUGCCGAUACCAAGGGGAUGGUAACAGCUUGCGAGUCUUAUCUUCCAAUGGUAAAAUUGAUGCGAAAAGUUCUGCACCUCAAUAGUAUGGGUAGGAACAUAAAUGUAAUCAGCAGGCGCUCUGAUGAACUCAAAGUCGGUGUGGACAUUCCUUCGCGUGCAGAUGUUCUGGUUAGUGAGAUACUAGACUCAGAGUUACUGGGUGAAGGGUUAAUUCCGACUCUGCAACAUGCACAUGACAUGCUGCUGGUGGAAAAUCCACUAACUGUACCAUAUCGAGCGACAACGUAUGGCCAGCUGGUUGAAAGUACAUUCCUGUGGAAGCUGCAUGAUUUAUAUGAUCAUGAAGCAAAAGCAUCAGAUGGCGUUCGUCUUCUUCCAACUGGCAUGGAUACUAUUUUACGUGUCAAAUUGCAGCAACAUCCCAUGCACUGUGAUGCAAUCUCAAAAGAAAUAAAACUGCUGUCAGAACCCUUCAAAAUUUUUGAAUUUGACUUCUGGAAACGACCAGACAGCCAUCGGGAAUCUGAGCUGCUCAUCAAGGCCAUUGAUGAUGGUAGAGUUCAUGCUAUAUUAUCAUGGUGGAUGCUGCAGCUUGAUCAUGAAGGGACAAUCUUUUAUUCCACUGCCCCUCGAUGGAUAACAAAAGCAAGCACUGGGAACUGGUGUGACCAUUGGAAACAGUGUGUGUGGUUCCUUCCAGGGAAAGGCAUAUGUGUAGGCAAGGGUGAGCAACUUCUUUUUCGUGCUAUUCAUACUGAUACCAGUGUCUUCUAUAAUCUUGCAACCGAACAUACUGAGUUGGGGCAGUAUAACCAUGUCUCUGGGGAUUUUCACCUUAUACUACCUCCUGAGAGGAUUGCAAUCUAUGGAGAUAGUAAAUGGAGGUUUUCCAUGUUAACAGCUCUAAGAAAUGCCGUAAGAUCUCUCUCUCUCUCUCUCUCUCUCUCUCUCUGUGGUUUCAUUUUCUGCAUCUUUACUUUCUUUAAAUGUGAGUUGCAUUUGCAGUUGCAGGAAAGAGUUCAACCAUUGUGUGUUGUUGCAGAUGAUAGUAUUUUUCUAACACUUAUUGUUGCAAAUCUUUCAAAAACUGCACAUGUGAUAUCUUUGUUUCCUGGGUUGCGAGAGAUGGGUGUCAAAUAUCUGCAGAGAGUCGCUGAUGCAAAUGGUUUCACUGCUGAUCGUGUAAAAGUUUUCCAAAAUAAGAAAUGUUUAACUCUGCAUGAUACUAAUCAGAAGAAGGUUGAUCUGUUGAUUGGAGAGCCAUACUAUUAUGGAAAUGAUGGAAUGCUUCCGUGGCAAAACCUGCGAUUUUGGAAGGAAAGGACUGUGUUGGACUCUGUCCUCUCCAAUGAUGUCUUAAUAAUGCCCUGUAAAGCAUUACUGAAGGCUUGUGCCAUGUCACUUCCAGAUCUAUGGAAUAGCCGCUGCUGCUUAAGUAAGAUUGAAGGCUUUGAUCAUUCUAUUGUAAAUACCACCUUAGGGGCAUGUGGUGAAUUACCUCCACCACAUGAUCCUCCACUUCUGCCUUUUUUUAUCUGGCAAUGUGGAGAGAUUAAGGAACUCAGUGAGAGAUUGACAAUCAUGGAGUUUGAAUUCUCAAAACCAAUAAGUCCAUGUUAUGGAAAAGUCCAGGUUGACUUUUCUGAGACUGGGGUGUGCCAUGGAUUUGUGCUAUGGAUUGACUGGGUAAUGGAUGCAAGCAAUUCUGUGGUGUUAUCUACUGGGCCAGAUGAGAGAUACUGGAAGCAAGGGGUGAAACUUCUUGCACAGCCAGUGGCAGUCAAAACAAAUGGAUCAACUGCUAGUGAAUAUCGAUAUGCAGUAAUCGAAGCAUCUUUUGAUCCAUCAAGUGGCGAACUUUCCAUCAGCCAUGCUUUCACAUAAGCAUUGUCGCUUUUAAAGAUGCUUGGUGAUCAUGCAGCGUAAUGUACCCUAAGAGAGUAUUUUGCAUUGCAGUAGACACGUUUGGGUUUUACGUCAAUGUUUGUAUCUUUACCAAAUGCAAUUUCUGAUAAAAAUGAAAAUGAGAAUCAUCAGGAUCUAUUGGAAAAACACUAAUACCUAGCGUCCAUGGGUGAUGAAAUACAAGGACAACCCUUUGGCAUCCUAAAACGCUAGAGAAUGAUACAAAAAAUUGAGCUGGUGUACCGUAUGUGCAAGUGGCAAAACUAUGAUGCUUGUCCUCUUGUUUCUUAACAGAAUGAAUUAAUUGGUUCUCA